GACCACGCACAUAGCAUAAUUUUUGUCGGCGGUGACAGAAGCAGAAGUGUUGAUUUUGUGCUCCGUCGCAUCGCAUCGCAGUGUUCGAAGAUGUCAUCCGGCGGCGGCGUUACCAACAACGAGGAAGACAAGAAGCCCACCGAUCAGGGCGGCGCACACAUCAAUCUCAAGGUCAAGGGCCAGGAUGGGAAUGAAGUUUUCUUCAGGAUCAAGAGAAGCACGCAACUGAAAAAGCUAAUGAACGCAUACUGUGACCGGCAGUCUGUGGAUUUUAACUCAAUAGCUUUUCUGUUUGAUGGGCGUCGCCUUCGAGCAGAGCAGACUCCAGAUGAGCUUGAAAUGGAGGAUGGGGAUGAGAUAGAUGCGAUGCUUCAUCAGACAGGUGGUGCUGUUGUCUGAGGGAUGUGUGAUGAGGUUUCUACCGCGUUAUAAGUAGAAUGAGUUUAGCAUAGGGCUAGUAGGCUAAUGCAUAUGAUGCAUCUUCUGUUUUCUGCUAUUAUGCUAUACAAUCGCUGCUGGCUUGCAGCUGUACUUUGUAAGUGCUGUGCUUUGUUAAUAUGAUGAUAAUGGAUGGAUCACAAUUUCUACUUGUGACAAACUCUAAUAAUGUAUUGGAUGUUUAACCCAUGUCCUCCUUAAAUUAGAACUGGCAUAUGAUUUUAAA